AAAGCGUUGCCAACACUGUCGUGAAAGGCAGCGGUAGGUUGAGUUCGUUUUCCGGCAAGAUGGCGGUUUCGUUGGUGUGUGAGGAGACGGGGUCCAGAGUGAGCUCAGUCCUUAACCGUGAUGUGAAGCAAUUUGGAAAGAAAUUCUUGUUUGAUCGUAAUGAGGACACCUGCUGGAAUUCAGAUCAGGGCCCCUCUCAGUGGGUGCUGCUUGAGUUCCCUCAGACCGUAAGGGUGACUGAAUUACAGCUGCAAUUCCAAGGUGGAUUCACAGGCAGAGCAUGCAGACUCGAAGGUGGAAGAAAGGGAUCCAAUUUGGUGAAAAUAGCUGAUUUCUACCCUGAAGACACAAACUGCUUACAGAGAUUCUCCAUCCAUGAGGAAUCCGUCACUGAUAGAUUAAAAAUUAUUUUUGAGGAAAGCACAGACUUCUUUGGAAGAAUUGUCAUCUAUCAUCUUGAUGUUCUUGGUGAAAAAUUGUCAUAAUGUAUCUGACUACUCUUGCUGCCUGGAGAACUAGAAACCAGCUGGACCUGGGGAUUCCCACACACCCCGGCAGUGCUUCAUGAUACGCAAUCUCUAACAUGAUGCAUUCCCUGGUCUCCGCUAAUUCAACCUGAAACUUGCCUUCGAUCAGUGAGAAAGGGCUGAAGAACUUUAUAUUAGACAACUACAGGAAACAUGUCUUGAUCACUGGUAUUUAAAAUAUAAAUUAGGACACAUUAUUGUUACAAUUUAUCACCUGAUUUUUUUUGUUUGCCUUUGGAAUCCAAUGAUCAGUAUUCUAUAAGCAGAUAUCCUGAGCAAUAAUAAGGAAAUUCUGAGGCUUGUUUUGCUUUUGGAUAUAGGCCAUUGGCCAAGAGGCUGGAGAACUCCCAUACAGACAAACUGUUUGUUUCUUCGAAUUGCAAAGCAAAGCAGGUGGCUAUCUUGAUUAUCUUUGCAGACACAGUCCAUUUUUAAUUGCUUCUUUCAGAUCGAAGAGUUGAUCUUCUUUUAACCUUCCCUCAUAGUUCUGUUCCCUGACAGUAGGGAUUAAACAUCUGGCUAUUUGCAUUAUAACUACUUAAUGAACUCACAAUGAAUCCUGUUAGUAAAAUAGAGUUGAUCUGUUUAUUAAGACAAUUUAUAUUUAUAGUGACAUACCUUGGGAUCUGUUUGAGGCUAAUUGCUGCUAGACACAUUCAGAGAUUGUCUGGAGAUCAAUUGCUGCUAGGCCUCUGCAGGGGUCAGUGAGAAGCUUAAAUGUUCUGAGGCAAGUCCAAGAGCCAUCAUUGUCUAAGAGAUCUCUGGUCAAUUGCAAGACCCAUCAGACUACUGCUGAGUUCUUAGAAGUACACUGCCGAGACAUGAGCACUUACGUGUUUUCAUUAGUUCAGACUUCUCAACAUAGGUAAUGUUGUUACAUCUGUUAAGUCUGGAGCAUUAUAUGAGCCUUAGCUCUUGUUUCAAUUGGUAGCCCUCUCCGUGGAGUUAGAAGGUCAUGGGCUGAAGCCCCACCCACAAAAUGGAGACAAUAGAAUACAGGCUGCCUGGGCUGAGAGAGUGCUGAAUUAUUAGAGAGGACCAUCUGACUGACCAGAUGAGGUGUAAACCAAAGCCCUGUUAUUCAAUUGGGUGGUAUUUUAAGAAGAAAAGGAGAGUAAUGGGCCCUUACCAACAGAAUUAGAACAUAAUUGACAAUUAUUUAAAUACUGUGGGUGAGAUCUUACUGUAAACAAAUUGGCUCCUGCUUUUGCUUGUGCAACAACAAUAUCUGUGAACCACUUUGGAAUAUUCUAGUAUUGUGAAACGUGCUAGAUGAGUGUUUGAAAUAUUACUAUACUAGUAUUCUAGGGACGGGACACUGAUGAUCUAGAGACCCAGUCAAAUCCAACAACAGCAGCUAAGAAAAUUAAAUUCAAUAAGUAAGUAAAACUUGUAAUAAAAUAAGUAAUGCUAAUCAUUUCAGAUGAUUGCAAAAAAUAUAUUUAGGGAAGGAAAUCAACCAUCCUUGCCCAGUCUGCGCUAAGUGUGACUCCAGACUACUUGAUGUAGUUGACUAUUGACUGCUCUCUGAAACAACCAAGCAAGCCCCUCAGUUGGUACCAGGGAUUCACAAUAAAUACUCAGCUUGCCAACGAUACCUUUAAACUGUGAAUGAAUGAAACAAAAAUAGAUCUUUGUUUGACCUUUUGAUACUGAUGAUAAUUGACUGCACACUUUAAAAAAAAUACAAGUCAGAUAUCUGGAAAAAAAAACUUUAAUUUUUUUAAAAUUAAUGUCUUUACACUGUGGAGAUUUACAGGCAGUCCAUUCCGAAACAAACCCCCAGACUAACUUGUAAAGUUUAGUCAGAUACCAGUGCCGAUUUAAAGAGCAGUUUGCUAAAACAGUCACAAUUACAUCAGUAACCGGCCCACUCAUUUGGUUUGCCAUUCACUAGAAACCAUCUUCAGUUGUUUCCUAUGAUCUUACUGUGUGUUGAAUUUAUUUUGGACUGAGAUAGGGUGGAAUGGGAUAGCAACCUGUGCUGCUUCAAAUGAGCUUCUUGCUGCAGAGUUCAUGUAGUCUGUAGAGCAGGAGAGCCUUGACUAGUGUUUGUUCACUGGCUCUACUUCACCCUGAGGCUGGUUCCAUUGCUUCCACUUCAUGAUCACUCUUUGUUGUUCUGAAGUAGCUUCAAUACAUGAUUUUCAAUUACUUGUUGGACUAAAACACAAAUAAGAAAAGCGUGUUUUUUUUCAGAAAUCAUGGAUAAGGACACUUACCUAGUGGUGUGAUUUCAUUGAGAGUGUUCGAGACAAUACAUCUUUAAAAAUCAAAAGGGGCUUCACCCUGGCUUAGUGGUUAGCACAAUUGCCUCAGCGCUAGGGACCUGGGUUUGAUUCUCGACUCGGGUGACUGUCAAUGCAGAGUUUGCAUGUUUUUCCCAUAUCUGUGUAGGUUUCCUCCCACAGUCCAAAAAUGUGCAGGUUAGAUGGAUUGGCCAUUGUAUAAACCCCAUGCAAGGUUAUGAAGGAGGGUCUGGGUGAGAUGAUCGUUGGAUGGUUGGUGUAGAUCUAAUGGGGUGAAUGACCUCUUGCUGCACCCUAGGGAUUCUUGAAGAGAUGAGGAAAGGAGAAGAAAAUGAAGUUGUGGUGGACAAUCAUCCAUGAUCUUAUUGAAUGAUCGAACAAGUUCAAGGCACUAAACUGCAUACUCCUAUUUGCUAUGUUCUUGUGCUUUCCCUUUCCUCUGUCCUUCCUCCUCUCCUCUCUUUCUUAAAGAACUGACAUAGGAACAGAAAUAGACUAUUCAGCUCCUUAGCAGUAAUUAGCCAUUAACUUUGAUCAAGUCUGAUUUGUUUCUUAACUCCAUGGGUUGCCCACCUUGGAUACCUUUGCUGAACAAAAACCCAUCAUCCUCAGUUUUGACAUUUUCCAACUGACCCCCAGCCACUAGAGUACAUUGGGCAAAGAGAGUUCUGGCAUAAAUCAUAGCACAUUUUCCAUCUGGACACCAGGCCCAGCAUCAACUGCCAAGCGAUUCUCAUAAGUGACCAAUGUGUAAGUCUUGCUAUUUGAUGACAGUUAUUGAUUCGUGCCCAGCUCAUUUUAGCCCCAGUGUGCUCUCACCUCACACACAUCCCUCCCAAAACAGGAUAGCAGGCAAAUGGUAGAAUUCCUGGCUGAUUCAGUUUCAGCUGCACCAUUGGUGGGGCAUCCCAGCUGAGGGGAAAGUUAACAAACUCCCAUUUCAAACCAUCUCAAAUGCAGGCCUCACUAUGGAAAGUGAAUAGCCCUGUCUGUAGAGCGUAAGUCUUCAAGAGAGAGAGAAGAAAAUUUGAUGGGGGAGGGGGCCACUGUCAAUGAGCUGAAAGGAACAAUGAGCCUUGCCUUUUUUAAAGCCCAGGGCCACAGCCAGAUCCAUAGGGCUGUAACCAGAGUCUGCCUCCAUUGUUAAAUCUGCACCUUUGGCUGUUGAUUCAAAAAAACAAAACAAAUAUCAAAGUCAACAUCAAUCUAAAACCAGCCCAGCUAGCCCCUGCCUCCCUUACCAUUCCUCCCAUCUCAAGCCCCACCCCCAAGUCCUAUCCACCAACCUCAUCCCACCUCCUUGACCUGUCUGUCCUCCCUCCCUGGACCGCCCUAUCCCCUCCCUAACUUCCCACCUAAAUUCACCUUCACUGGCUCCAACCCCACCUCUUUGACCUGGCUAUUUCCUCUCCACCAAUCUUCUCUUUUAUCCAUCUUCUAUCCACCUCCACCUCGCUCCCUAUUUAUUUCAGAAUCCCCUUCCCGUCCCCCAUUUCUGAAGAAGGGUCUUGACCCUAAACGUCAGUCUUCCUGCUCCUCUGAUGCUGCUUGGCCUGCUGUGUUCAUCCAGCUCCACACCUUGUUAUCUGAACAAAUAUGCAGUUUCGGUAUAAUUCUCUGUAGAAGUGAGACUCUUCUUAAGUCUACAUAGAAUUAAGAUUAUGAAUGGAAUUGACACACUGAUUUCUUUGCUAAAGGAUUUCUAUUCUGGGGACCUGGAGUUAAUAUUCAAACACUACCCAAAGAGACAUUUUCCUGAUUUUUUUUUAAAAGACAGUUGUUCAUGAUUUAUCUUCUGUUGUUUGCAACAAUAAUCGACAGAUUAAUUUUCAGUUCUGGAGAUACCAGGGCAUCCUGGCACCCCUUUCCCAAGUGCACAGUCUAUUCCUCCGCCAAGUUUCUCUGCCCUCACUGUUCCUUUCCCUGACCACUUGUGGCAAAAUAUUCAACUAUCUUGGAUUGACUCUGAUGGUGUGUAUUAGCAGUGUCACUUGGUUAUUAAUCCAAAGACCCAGGCUGAUGCUGUGGGGCCAGAAAUUCGAAUCUCACCUGAUUCAGAAACCUGAUGGAGUUUAAAUUCAACCUCAGCGAAUAGGCCAGGACUUCUCUCAAUGAAAUGUAGGAGAUUGAGGGGUGAGCUUAUAGACAUUUAUAAAAUCAUGAGGGGCAUUGAUAAGGUCAUUUCCCUAAGGUGGGGGAUUUCAAAAGUAGAGGGCAUAUUUUAAAGGUGAGCAGAGAAAGCUUCGAGGAAGCCCAGCGCAGACUCCUGGCCCUGAGGUGAAGCCCAGUGCAGACUCCUGGACCUGAGGUAGCCCAGCACGGACUCCUGGCCCUGAGGAAGCCCAGCGCAGACUGCUGGCCCUGAGGUGAAGCCCAAUGUGGACUCCCUACUUUAGGAGGGCUGUAAUGCUUAACCUAUACCUUUACUUCUUUAUUUUUCCAAUUUAUACCAAGAUUUUGUACCAAGGUAUCUUUGCACCUUGCUUUAUAGGGACUGUAAUGCUGAUCUUGUAACUAUUAUUUUCAUCUUGCUAAUUUUAUACCUAAGAUUUUGUACCUAGGUAUCAUUUUGCUGGAAAUGGCAACUUUGUACACUUUUCAUGUAUUCCUGUACUUGCAUAAAUGUGACAAUAAAUUAAUUCUAAUUCUAAGAUACAAAAGGGACCUAAAGGGGAACUCUUUCUCGGAGAGGGUGGUUCAUGUGUGGAAUUAGCUGCACAGGAGGUGGCAGCUGCAGGUACAGUUGCAACAUUUUAAAGAUGUUUGGACAGGUACAUGAGUAGGAAGGGUUUAGAUAGAUAUGGCUAAAUACAGGGCAAGUGGGACUCGUUUGGUUUGGGAAAUUUGGUCAGCAUAGGCAAGUUGGACCAUGCUAAAUGACUGUAUGACUCUAUCAUCAAUUGGUUCACCUUUUGAGAAAGAAAUCUUAGAUCCUUACCCAGUCUACCCUACAUAUGAUUCCAGAUCCAAAUCACUGAAAAACUGAAUUGUCCUUUGAAAUGGCCCAGCAAGCCAUUCAGUUGAAGGGAAUUUGGUUGGAUGCCACAAAUGUUGGCCUUUCUGACAUCUCGUGAAAGAAUAAAUCAACUGACUUCUAUCAUCCUUGGUAUCAUCUUAGUUAAAAAGUCCACUGUUCUCUCCAAGGUUUUGACAUCCUCAAGUGUGGUGCUCAGAAUUAUAUACCAGCCGAGGUCUCAGUGGGGGAGCUCAGAAAGGUAUUGUAUGACUUUCUUCUUACAUCAAAUACCCGCUUUUUUUAAACAAUGACAGGUAACCAAUGUUUUCUUAACAGGCAUAUCUUGUCCUGCCACCUUCAAAGAUUCCUAAGUCUGCAUCCCAAUUCCUUCUGUCCCUGUCCCCAUCAAAAUGGUACAAUUUAGAUUAUAUUGUCUCUCCAUGAUUUUCUGGCAAGCUAAGUCCCAUUCCAGGACUUGUGUGAAAAUCAAGGUUGACACUCCAGUGCAGCAGUAGGGGAGCACUGCACUGUUGGAGGUGACACCUUUCGGAUGAAACGUUAAACCCUCUCCUGUUUGUGAGGGUGUAACGGAUCCCCGGUAUUCCUUGAUGCUCAUAUUGAUUACAACCACUUUUAAUGUACAAUCUCCAUAUUUCUGCAGCCAUUUUGUACUCAGCAUAAUUCCACAAACAAUAA